AUGCAAAACCCAGUUCAAUUUCACAAUGAUUUCGAAUUUAAACGUCGAUACAGAUUCAGUAAAAAUGUAGUUAUGGAACAUUUAAUUAAAUUAGUGGAACCAGAACUAUUAAAAGUUAACCAGCGUGGUUUACCAGUUUCGCCUUUAAUAGCAGUGUUAUGCACAUUACGAUUUUAUGCAUCUGGAAGUUUUCAGCUUACUUGUGGGGAUCUUGGAGGAAUCUCACAGUCAACUGUGAGUAGAAUAGUAAAACAAAUUUCAACAAUAUUUGCAGCUCAAAGUCGUAAUUCUAUUAAGAUGCCCACAACACAUGCAGAAGAACAACAUAUAUAUGAACAAUUUUACCAGAUUGCGCACUUUCCUGAGGUAGUUGGCUGUAUAGACUGUACGCACAUACCAAUCAAGAAUCCUGGUGGUUUGGUUGCAGAAUUAUACCGAAAUAGAAAACGUACAUUCAGUAUAAACGUUCAAGUUGUUGCUGGACCAUCUAUGAAAAUUAUGGACAUUGUUGCAAGGUGGCCUGGAAGAGAACAUGACAGCAUGAUUUUUAAUAAUAGUUCAUUAAAAGCCAGAUUUGAAGCAGGGCAUUUGCAUGGAUAUUUGUUAGGUGACAGUGGGUACCCUUGUUUGCCAUAUCUUAUGACUCCUCUACUGCACCCAGAAAACGACUCCGAAAUUUUAUACAAUUCGAGCCAAAUUAGAACAAGAAACGUUGUAGAAAGAUUAUUUGGAGUGUGGAAAAGACGUUUCCCUUGUUUGGCGAAAGGGCUAGGAACUAAAUUAGAAACUACUUGCGUGAUAGUAGUGGCUUGUGCGGUUUUAUAUAAUAUAGGAAUUGAUUUUGGAGAGAACCUAGAUGAAGUUUUGGUGGAAGAAAGAGAUCCAAAUAUACCAGAAAACUUACAAGUAAGGGGAAAUGCUCAAGGUUAUGGAGUUCGUCGUGCAUUGAUUGCGCGUCACUUUACAGAAUGAAAUAGUUUUAUUAUAUUAUGCUAUUAUACAUAUAUAACUAUAUUGAAACCUAUUAACUAACCAAAUCUAACUUUAUUACUAAAAUAUAUGGCAUAUUAACAAUUAGGCAUUACUUAAUAUAAUUUAGAAUAAUUUUUUAAUUAAUAAAUUGAUAAUAAAUUAAUCGUUUUUUAAUAAAAGUUGACGUAAUUCCUCCCUUUUUAUUGAUAACUCCACUUCCGCUAUUUGCCUUCUAAUUUUCGCCUCUUCUCUUUUUUCAAUAGCUUCUUGUUUGUUUAUUUCGUGGAUGUCUAUUAAAUGCUGUCUUUCUAAUUUGGCAUUAACAAUCCUCUCCUUAAAAAGAGCAUUC